CUGCUUCAGCGCAUAAUGGACUCCGGGCAAGAACAGCAGCGCUGAUCAGAGAGAGGAGCUGUGUCUGCGUCAAGCCAAAGCGCAAGCGUCAAGCCAAGGCGCAGCUCCUGUCUGUGUUCAUCCCAGCGCGGCUCUACUUGCCCGGAGCCCAUCCCUGUAGUUCAGUGGGCGUGGUGUGAAUUGGAAAACAAAGUGCAGAGACACCCUUCACUACUUCCUACAUCACCGGGAUCCGUUGAGUUCACCCGCCGUUCGCCGGCUCGAUGCUAGUUAACCGCUCAACACAGCCGCAUAAUAACUCCCGAGAAGAGAGGGACGAGAGAUCGGUGGAUGCGCUCCGGGUUCCGCGAACCGACUAGAGGUGGGAUUCAGUUCUGUGCGUUAUGGUGACAGAGCGUGACACCAAGGACGAAUAGCAGUCAGGCAGCAUCUCGUCCUCUCUCUCUCUCCCCCAGCCGGCCUUGCGCUAUAGACCAACGAGAUAAAUGGGCAGCAGACUGCACCAAACAGUGUCCGGCACCGAUAGCACCGUUUCACAUUGAUUAACUGGACGGGACCCGUUAUGUACUGAAAGUAUAUUACACCACUAGCGGUUACGAGACUGGAACAGGAUUUUUGAAGAAGCGGUUGUUUGUUCAGCAUGAGCGGUGGAGGAGAAAUCAUCUUCCAAGGCUGGCUGAGAAAGUCUCCUCCAGAGAAGAAACUGAGGAGAUAUGCGUGGAAAAAGCGUUGGUUCAUCCUGCGUAGUGGUCGUAUGUCUGGCGACCCCGAUGUCCUGGAGUACUAUAAGAACGACCGGUCUAAGAAGCCCAUCCGGAUCAUCGACCUGCACUGCUGUGAGCAGGUGGACGCCGGGCUGACCUUCAAGAGGAAGGAGUUUCAGGAUAGCUUCGUGUUCGACAUCAAGACGUCAGAGCGUACCUUUUACCUGGUGGCAGAGACCGAGGAGGAGAUGAACAAGUGGGUUCGCUCUAUCUGUCAGCUGUGUGGCUUCAACCAGUCAGAGCAGAACAACCACGACGGCCGGUCCUCUACAGCUCAUAUGGGUCGUUCCCUGGCAGCAGACCUGUCCAGUUCCCUGACUCCACUGACCAGAGAGCGUAAGUCGUCCGCUCCAGUCCACUCUUCCCAGCCCGUCCUGUUCACCUUCGACGUCCCGGUCCGCCACGGUGGGUCGCACAGUCACCACGGUAACCACGGGGGCUCCCUGUCCAGCAGCAUACCGCAGGACUACCUUCUAUUGCAUCAGUGCAUGAGCAGGAAGACUGAGAGCGCACGGAGUGCCAGUUUCUCCCAGGUACAGCACAGUAGCAAUCUGUUUGUGGGCAGUGACUCGGCGGUGCAGAAGUUCUCCCAUGGUUUCUCUCAUUGUCUGAACGGGAUGGGUGCCCAGCUGCAUGGCUUCUACAGCCUGCCCAAACCUGGCAAGCACCAACUGGCCUCUGCGGUCGGGUCCUCCACACGGCCAGACUCCCCCCAAGAGUGCUGCUACGUGCUACCCAGAGGAUACAGCUCUGAGGGGCCUACGCUGGGUCAUAGCCGUCUGGGAGACAUGGAUCAACAGGAGAAUGAGGAGCUGUACACCUUCAAGACGCCUUGCAACACCCUGGCCACCGGCAACGACUGUAACCACAGCAACGACCCACACAGCAACGACCAUAACCACAGCAACGAGCGUAGCAACGACCGGCAGACUGACAACUACGACCUCCCGACCCCGCCCGGAUCCUUCUACCAGAUCCCCCGGACGUUCGAUAAGAACCACAACGUGACGCCGUCUGGCGCCGAGUCAUCUAGUGGACCCCCCCCACGGCCCCCCAAGCCCAGCCAGGGGUCAGAGAGCGGGAGGUGGGGUAGUCCGGGGUCACUGGGUGGGCAGAAUGGAGAGGUGACCACGACUGUGGCGGUUAUACCCAGGAGGAACACUCUGCCUGCUGUGGAGAACAGCCGGUUACAGCGAGGGUGUUCAUUUGAGACGAGCAGCCAACAACGUCCGAUCUAUUUCAACAACCAAGGCCAGUCUGUGGAGUGUGUCAACGAUGGCUUCAGUUCUUACCUGAGAACAAAGGCCCCUCUGACACGUUCGGACAGCGGCGACUCGGAGGACAACUAUGUGCUUAUGAACCCAGGUUCGUCUCCCCUCAACGCCGCCCAGGCGGACAGCCCCAAAAACAUCUACAUCCCCAUGAGCCCCGGGCCGCACCACUUUGACUUCCCAGGGUUCUCAGCAACGCUACCCGCUCGGAAGGGAAGUACCGCCUCGCUGUGUCACCGACCGGGGAGGCUGAGUGACGUCACGCCACCACCUGUAAAUCGCAACCUCAAACCCAACAGGAAAUCCAAGCCGACACCUCUGGAUCUGAGGAACAAUGGCAUCAUUGAUGAGCUCCCAUUUAAGAGUCCAAUCACCAUGUCCUGGACUCGACCCAUGCCUAUGAACUCAGGUGGCAUGUCCUCCCAGCACUGCAGACCCAUCUCCACCCAGAGUAUCACCAGCACGGACUCCGCAGACAGCGAGGAGAACUACGUAGCCAUGCAGAACCCAGCGUCUACCUCCCCAGCAGUGAGUGGUACCAGCAGCCCCGCCCCUAGGAAGUGUGGCAAUGUGGACUACCUGGCUCUGGACUUCCAGCCGGGCUCCCCCAGUCCACACAGAAAGCCCUCUACGUCCUCGGUGACAUCUGAUGAGAAGGUGGAUUAUGUCCAGGUGGACAAGGAGAAGACGCAGGCCCUCCAGAACACCAUGCAGGAGUGGACGGACGUCCGACAGUCCACCGACCCCGCCCCUAAGACCGUAAAGUCCUGACAGUAACCAUGGAAACGACACAGCGCUCUGACCUUACCUCAUGUCAUCUCCUAUAGGAUGUUACACUGUUACUGACAGGAGUCAGUUUGAGGAGUAAAGGAACAUUUAUGGAUGGUGGAGACACAGAUUACCUCUGUUGGACAGGUGAUGACUAAAAUUACUUGAGGACUGGAAUGUGGACUAAAAUGAGGACUGAAAUGAGUUGAGGACUGAAAUGAUGAUUAAAAUCAGUAGAGGACUGAAAUGAGGAUUAAAAUGAGUAGAGGACUGAAAUGAGGACUGAAAUGAGGAUUAAAAUGAGUAGAGGACUGAAAUGAGGACUGAAAUGAGGACUGAAAUGAGGACUGAAAUGAGGAUUAAAAUGAGUUGAGGACUGAAAUGAGGACUGAAAUGAGGACUGAAAUGAGGAUUAAAAUGAGUAGAGGACUGAAAUGAGGACUGAAAUGAGGAUUAAAAUGAGUUGAGGACUGAAAUGAGGACCGAAAUGAGGAUUAAAAUGAGUUGAGGACUGAAAUGAGGAUUAAAAUGAGCUGAGGACUGAAAUGAGGAUUAAAAUGAGCUGAGGACUGAAAUGAGGAUUAAAAUGAGUUGAGGACUGAAAUGAGAAUUAAAAUGAGUUGAGGACUGAAAUGAGGACCGACAUGAGGACUGAAAUGAGUUGAGGACUGAAAUGAGGACUUGGCUGAAAAAGAGGAGACAAAAAGUCAACGUCUAGCUGUGAUCUGUGGCGAUCAUCAGUGCUGUGCACAGCAGCCAACGCUUGACGCAGGCGGACAGAGACCCAACCUGAACAUGCCAAACGCUUUUCUUCCUAAAGAGACUGUUAAAGCUGGAUUGAAGUGAUAUGGGACUUGCCUUCCCAAAUACUAACCUGUAAACAGUAACCUUUCUUCAAGGUUGUUUCUCUGACUCUGUCAAGCUACGGGGGGACAACUCUUCUAGUUCUUCUCUACAGCCAUUUCAACUGUAACACAACCUUGAGUUUGUUCUCUUCUUGUUUUAGCGGGUUAGCUAAUGUACAUAGCUACUUAAAACUAUUUGCUGCCAGUCAAACUGCUGUCGUUGUCUGACCACCCAACCGGUCAGUGGAAUAUCAGGAAUGCAAAUUCUAUUACAGAUGAAGUCUCAUUUUGCUUGAUAGGACAGGCGG